AUGUAGCCACUGCUAUGGGUCUCUGUUCUCAUCAAUCUCCCAGAAGCCUUUGCUCAGACAGACAUGAAUAGGAAGGUGUUUAUUUUUCCUAAAUGGCCUAGUAACACUCAUGUGAGCUUGAUCACACAGCUGGAAAAUCCUCUGGAGAACUUCACUGUGUGCCUUUGUGCUUGCCCUGACAUGCAGGCCAAGAAUAAUGAGAUGAUCAUUUCUAAACCUAGUAUCGGAGAGUACCAUGUUAUCAUUGGGGGUGACAAGAUUUUCUCCAAGGUCUAUAAAGGGUUCCUUGCCCUGGUGCACAUCUGUGCCAGUAGGGAAUCCUCCUCUGGUGUUGCCGAACGACUGAGACGGGAUUACUCUGCGGGGGUACCCCAUAUUGUCCUGGGGCAGAAGCAGCAUUCCUGUAGAGGUGGGUUGAUCAGAGCCAGCCCUCUGUGA